AUGAAAACAUCAAAUAUCUGGCGAUAUAUAGGCGGUUACGCGACGGCACUGGCGCUGGCAAUGGACACGAAUAACCCGGUGUUUUCGUGUGGGGUUUCUGUAGCGCCGGUCACUUCAUGGCUUCUUUAUGAUUCUGUUUACACCGAAAGAUAUAUGGGUUUACCAAAGGAUAAUAUGGAAAGUUAUCUCCGAUCCGAUGUACUCAACAGAGCCCACAAUUUUAAGGGCAAAAAAUUCUUAUUAUGUCACGGAUCAGCUGAUGACAACGUACACGUGCAACAGUCAAUGGUGUUGAUGAAGGCGCUGACCAACGCUAAUGUGAUGUUUCAAACACAGGUAUAUCCGGAUGAGAAUCACGCGCUGUCGGGAGUGAAGCCCCAUCUCUACCACACAAUGGAGGCCUUUUGGGACGAAUGCUUUCAAACGGAUUCCUUCUACGAAGACAUUGGUCUCCGACGACGCCGUGUCGUCAAACAGAGCCAAAACCUAUAACACACUCUUCGGGACUAUAGAGUUAUGUCAUGUUAUUUAAUAAUCACACACUUUCUCUAUUCAGUCAAAUAUGUCUCAUCUCUCAUAUGCCUUACAAAUAAAUGAACAAAAACAAAGUCAAAACUCAAAAACA